AUGCCUGACAGAAAUUCAAUCCACACAACCUCUAUAUGGGGUAUUAUCAAAUCCUCCCUCUCUCACGUCACCAACAGUACUCCUACAAGAGGAACAGAGGAUGCUAAGUUCAUCAAACAAACCAAUACCACGGCCUCUCACGAGCCAGAGAAACUCGCAACCAUACGCUCGAAGGGUAUAUAUCAUGGAAUUCCAGUCAUCACGGAGUCUGACUCAUGCAAGGGGCUCUCAGUUAUUGUCACAGGUGCCAACGGCAUAUCGGGUAACCACAUGGUUCGUGUCCUGGCUGAGUCCCCCCGGCGUUGGGCAAACAUAUAUACCAUGUCUCGCCACGCGCCCGCCGUGGAUUGGAAAUAUGCGAACGUCAAGCAUCUCGAGUUGGACUUCUUGAAGAGCUCGCCAGAAGAACUGGCCGAGAUGAUGCGGGAGAAAGGGAUUGAGGCCGACUAUGUCUUCUAUUAUUCGUAUAUCCAGGUUCCACCAAAAACAGGCGGUUCAAUAUGGUCGGAUGCCCAAGAGCUGUGCGAUGUGAACGGCGCAAUGCUAUCCAACUUCCUUAAAGCUCUCAAACUUGCCUCGAUCACGCCAAAACGCUUUAUGCUCCAGACAGGUGCAAAAACCUACGGCUGCCACCUGGGCACUCCGAAAUGCCCUCUGGUCGAAUCAGACCCGCGCGUCAAACUCGAACCAAACUUCUACUACGACCAAGAGGAUCUCCUCUUCCAUUACUGCCGGGAGACAGGUGCAAAGUGGAAUAUCGUCCGCCCUUCUUUCAUCCUCGGAGCUGCCAAGGAUGCUGCUAUGAACUUAGCAUACUGUCUUGGUGUCUUCGCAGCUGUUCACGCACAUUUAGACAAACCGCUGGUAUUCCCUGGAAACGUAGCUUCGUUCGACGUUAUCAGAGAUUUGUCCUCAGCUACAUUGAACAGCUAUCUUGCGGAAUGGGCUGUGCUGAAUCCAGAUGCACCCAACGAGGCGUUUAAUGCUUGCGAUUGCAGCGCACUUACUCCCGGUGCUCUCUGGGCCAGCCUUGCGAAGCUCUAUGGAGUUGAAUAUAAAGUCCCCGAUCCGACGGCCGAGUAUCAAAGUUUCACGAUGCCGUUCGACCCUCCUCGUGGAUUUGGACCUCCCGAAAAGAUCGAAUUCACGUACAGCAUGGCAGCAUGGGCGUACGACCCACUCGUGCACAAGGCAUGGCAAGAGCUCUUACAAAAACACGGCCUUGUCCAGGAUCCAUUUGCCAUCCCCGCUGAACGAAAUCGGAUAUUCGGUCUUGCUGACACAGCAAUCUUGGGAGGAAUGCCAGUUCAGUUUAGCAUGGACAAGACUCGCAAGUUUGGCUGGCACGGCACCGUUGAUAGUUUAGCGUCCUUGCGAAAUGUCCUGGAGGAGCUUGUUGAGAUGAAAAUGUUGCCACCAUUGCCCAAGGGUUGA